UACACGGCCAUCGCGCUUAGUUUCGUCAACUCGUUCUCCGCUGUUCUCUGCAGUGUCGUUGCGCCGUCCGAGUGUCGUUCACGCGUCAAUUUUCUUGCCCUGCAAUCAAUACCUGCGCUCCGCAGUUCUAUACCAUCCGAGGGAUCUCUUUUGUUUGUCGUAUGUCCAUCCAGAAUCUCAACACAUUCGACCCCUUUGCGGAUGCAAUUAAGGGUUCUGAUGAUGACGUCCAGGACGGCCUCGUGCAUAUAAGGAUCCAGCAGCGAAAUGGUCGCAAGACCCUAACAACGGUGCAAGGACUCUCCUCGGAAUAUGACUUGAAGAAAAUCGUAAGAGCAUGUAAAAAGGAGUUUGCCUGCAAUGGGACAGUAAUAGAACACCCGGAGUACGGGGAGGUGCUGCAGCUGCAGGGGGAUCAACGAGAGAAUAUAUGCCAGUGGCUGACGAAGUCCGGCCUGGCAAAGCCUGACCAAUUGAAGGUCCAUGGUUUUUAAGUCGAGCUAACAGCAAAAAACAAACACCAUCGAUGCCACAACCUACAACAACAGCAGACAGCUCCGCCCCUCAUCAGUACUUCAUCAUCAUCUCAAAUUGAAUCUGUAUAUCAAUCACUAAACUCGUGGGAUAUCCCGAUUACAUUUAUCACAUCAACAUAUAAAUAAUAUAAAUAUAUAUAUACACAUACAUAUAUAUAUAUAUAUAUAUAUUAAACACACGCAUAUAUAUUUCAAUAAUAAAGAAAGAAACGAAGAGGUAAACAGCGAAGGAUAAAAGGUGAACAAAAUAAUAGAAGGGAGAAAGGGAAGGAGAUAUUACGAAGAAGGGGAGUCCGUAUAUAUAACCGAUAUAUAGGCAAUAUACUUACUCUCUAAUCGGAAUCUUUCUCGAGAUAAAAAGCAAUACGUCACUGUAAGCCUUAUGUUAGGUGAUAGCAGUCGCUGAAGUAGCAACCUUCGCCUCUCAGCGAGGGACAGAUAAAACACCUGAUUUUGAUAAUCGUCGUCGUGGAAGAGGAGGCAUAGAUGAACGUGCGGUAAUUAUCACCAGAUGGAUGUUCGUUCUUGCGUUAGGUAGUAUGUACCUGGGCGCGAUAGACGUGUUCCGAGAAGGCAACAGAGCCGUAAUUGUAGGUUCCCCAAUUGGAGUUGACUCUUUCCUUCGUAUCCGACACAUUUUUACAUUUCCUUAAACCUUCUCCUUUUCUUCUUUUUCUAUCUUAAGACGAUAAAGAAAUUUAUCUUUUUUAUGUUUAUGUUGAAAUUUUGAAUAAAGACAUUUCACACUUGUUUUGAUUGUAAUUGUUGAGUAGUUUAUAGGAUUGAUGAUUUUGAUUCUUCCUUUAGCAAAGACCUAGCCUUCACCCUGUGCCUCGUCUCUCCCCUCUUUCUUGCUUUCCCCCCUUUUUUAAGGCAGUAAUAACUAAAGGACGAAUUGUUUUGAAAUAAUAAUGAGAGUUAAUGAAGAUAUGUGGCUGUUUUAGAUAAAUAAAUAAAUAUAUGACUGAAAACUCUG